AUGAUGUUUAUGCAACAACAACGUAAUGAUCAUUAUAGUCAUCAACAAUUUUGUUAUCAAUCCCAUGCAGAUUAUGCAAAUCAAGGUCGAUCUAACCAUUUACAGCAGCCUGCUGAUCUAUCUAUUCGUGUACAAGCAGUUAAAAUGUCUACCCCAGCGUUCACUCACUCAUGUGGACCGGCAAUGGAUCAUGAUUUGAGGAAUCAUCCGGGCGUUGCAAACAAUUUACCAUGUUUUAUUAUACAAUAUGAUUCAAAUAUUUCACCACGUGAUUUACCAUUCAGUGUAAUUGCUAGUGCUUCAAUCCAUGAAUACUUUAUGCAGUGCGGUGUUAGCAUUAACCCAUUUACAGUUGCUGUAUCAUCCGGAACACAUGAAUUGAAAUUAGGGGUUAAUAAUAAAGAAGGUUAUUGUUCAUUAAUUUUCACGGAUAAACAGCUAACAUCUGUUAAUAAAAAAAGAAUUACAGUGGUUAAAUUCAAAUUUGUACCUGAUUAUUUUACAUUAAUCAUCCGGUAUGUACCUACAACGUUCAAUGUGACGCAAGUUAAAGAAGAAAUGAAACCCUCGAUUUAA